AUGCAGUUCUCGCAGCCGCGCCCUCAAUUUCCUCUAAAAGAGGGGCAGGAGGUCCUAGGCCCAUUGCUUCUCGACAGUCAGCACAAAGAAGGCAGGGGUGGGCUUCUAGGUGACGACAUGGGACUAGGUAAAACGAUUCAGGUCAUCGCCUUCCUCUCUGCAAUUAUGAAGAAGCAGGGCACCGUCUACGAUCUCUCUCGGCGUCGACAGCACGUUUCUAAUCUACAAGAUAAGCCAGACUGGAAGAAGCAUCGUCGCCUUCCCAAGGCAAACGCGAAGUGGCCUACAUGUCUAAUUAUAUCACCGAGCAGCGUCGUGGGCAACUGGGAGCGCGAGUUCGAAACCUGGGGAUAUUUCGAGGCGGGAAUGUACAUUGGUAUUCCCUCGUCUCGCGCUGACAUCUUGAACGAAUUCAAGCUAGGCCGCCUUGACGUCUUGGUCACGUCGUUCGACGUGGCUCGCAUGGAUAUCGAGCUUCUCGACGACCUCCCUUGGUCCGUGAUCUUUAUCGACGAGGUGCACCGAGUCAAGAACCCCACUUCCAAGCUCGCCGAGGCGUUCAGCAAGUUCAAAUGCUCUUGUAGGUUUGGGCUGAGCGGUACCGUCAUUCAGAACGGCUACGAAGAACUCUGGACCGUGCUCAACUGGACAAACCCUGGAGCCGCGGGGUCACGGAAGCAAUGGAAGAGCUUCGUCGAGCAUCCAUUGCGCGUGGGCCAGAGUCGUUCUGCGACGGACGACCAGCACAUCAGAGCAGCUCUUGUUGCGAAGACGUUGACGGAGAAGAUUCUCCCGCAGCUCUUUCUGAGGCGUACCAAGGACAUCAUCAAGAACCAGCUCCCCACAAAGACAGAUCAAGUCGUUUUCUGUCCUCUGACUUCGAAGCAACUCGAAGUGUACAAGAGGAUCAUCAAUCUACCGCAGGUGUUGAGCCUUGUCUGCGGCGAUCGCGCGUGCGAGUGCGGUUCCAAGAAGGCCAGAAAGAAAUGCUGCCAUCCUGUUCAUCCGGGCGACCUGUUCAAGUACAUGUCUACACUCAUCAAGAUUUCCAACCAUCUCGUGCUGAUCUUGCCAGCGCCUACGGAUACCACGGAUCAGAUCGCACGAAAUCGAGAGCUUUCCAAGACGGCUUUCCCAUCAGAAGUCAUCCCUAAGUACGGCCCCGCGAUGCUGCGUCCAGAGUAUUGUGGGAAGUGGCAGGUCCUUGACAUGCUCCUGAAGGAGUGGAGACAAGAUGUGUCGAACGAGAUGUCGAACAAGGUCCUGAUCUUCACCAAGUCCGUCAAGCUUUUGGAAAUGCUUGCUUAUCACCUCGAAGCACAAUCGUACGGCUUCGUAAAGCUGGAUGGGUCAACGAAGCAGUCGGAUCGUAUGCCGAUGAUCGACCGUUUCCAGCAAGACCCAAAAAUCUUCAUCUUCCUCAUCUCGACCAUGGCUGGUGGGACAGGUCUGAACCUCACCGCGGCAAACAAAGUUGUUAUCUUUGACCCGGCGCACGACCUGCAAGCCAUGGACCGCGCAUAUCGCUUCGGGCAAACGCGCGACGUCGCCGUCUACCGCCUGCUCGGCGCGGGCUCGAUCGAGGAGCUCAUCUACGCCCGGCAGGUGUACAAGCAGCAGCAGAUGCAGGUCGGCUACAACGCCAGCCUCCAGACGCGCUACUUCGAGGGCGUCCAGGGCGACAAGAGCAAGCAGGGAGAGCUCUUCGGGAUCAAGAACAUCUUCAAGCUCCACGAGCGCACGCUCGCAACCAAGCUCGCGAUCGAGUCCGCGAACGUCAGCGACCUCGACUGGGCCUUCGCCUACAUGGGCGCGCACGGCGGCGCCGGAGCCGGGGCAACGGCGAAGCGCGCGAAGGCGAAGAAGCCCGCGGGCGUCCAAUGGGUGUACGAGGAGGAGGCGAAAACCGGGCGCGAGUACGACGACCUGCGCGGGCUCGGCGCGCUCCUAUUUGACGACUCUGCGCCCGACGCGGCGGGGGCGCACGAGCCGGACGACAUCGAGCGGACGCUGGGGGCGCUCGGGGUGCAGUACACGCACCGGAACGACGACCUGAUCGCGGAGAACGCGAUCGAGGGCGAGCGGAUGCGCAAGCUCAUCGAGGACCACAAGAAGAAGCUGAAGCAGCAGAAGCAGCAGAAACUCAAGGGGAAGAACCCGCCGCCGCCGUCGGUGUGGCCGCCCGUUCGCAAGCACCACAAGAAGCCGCCGACACCCGAGGAGCUCUUGCGCAUCCGUCAGACGGCGCUCAUCAAGCAAGGGAUGCUGCCAAGCCCGGAGGACAUCCCGAAAUUUGCUGAAGAGUUCAAGAAGAAAACGCAGGAGGAGCAAAUCGCGCUACUGAAACAACUAGACGACUAUGCGAAAGAGCACAAUCUCAAAUAG